AGCAAAUUAAAAAGAGCCUGAUCAAUUUUUUAUACUUAUAAUAGGCAAUUAAGAAUGACCAUAAAAAUUAUCUGGAUUCGCGAAUAAUAACUAGACCUGAUCAAUUGAGUCUCUUCGCGUUGUGAAGAUCGCGUCGUUAUGUUUCUUCUCCUCGGCCUGUCGUUGGUUUGCGUCGCGGCGGCCUGUGAUCUCUCCCAGAGGAUUAUCGGUGGCAACAAGGUGCUCAUCGAGCAGUUUCCGUACCAGGUCGCCCUGGAGGUGAACGAUUUCCAGUUUUGCGGCGGCUCAAUCAUCGCCUCGAACAAAAUUUUAACGGCCGCGCACUGCGUCGAGAAGGUGCGCAGGUCGCAGUUGAGGGUGCGCGCCGGUUCCUCGUUCAGGGGCAAGGGGGGCCGGCUGAUGCGCGUGGAGUCAAUCCACAUGCACCCUUUCUACGACAACAACACCUACCACAAUGACGUCAGCGUGUUGACUCUGGCGGGGCAUCUUCAGUUUGGGCCGACCAUGGCCCCGAUCCGCCUAGCCCCCCAAGGCGCGUACAUCCCACCACUAGGCGCCGGCGGUCUCAUUACCGGCUGGGGCACGCUGGCCAAGGCGGGGAAAAUACCAAAACAACUGCAAGCUGCCAUCGUCUACUCGUUGCCCAAUCCGAUAUGCCAGGACAUGUACCGGCACAAAGACAGACCGGUCACAAGCGCGAUGAUCUGCUUCGCCUACCCCGGCGGAGGCAAAGACGCCUGCCAGGGAGACUCCGGCGGACCCCUCGUGUACAACGGCGUGCAAAUCGGCGUCAUCUCCUGGGGCAUCAAUUGCGGCGACCCCCAAUUUCCCGGCGUUUUCUCCCGCAUCUCCGCGUUGCGAAAUUACAUCGACUACCACGCGUACUACCAAAACAUAUUCCCAUAUCAAUUGACCAACUGGUAGGCGCGGCCUGGGAAUGCAAUCGAGGUAUUCGGAGCGGAAAGAAACGAUUUUUAAUUAAUUAAUAAUCAAUGCGCCUUGCGUACGGAGAAUGUGCAAUUUGAAUUGUAUUCUAAACAAUCGUAAAUUAAUUUUAUGGUCGUCUAAAAUUAAAAUGUUUAAUUAC